UGUGAGGCACCUAGUGCAGGAGCUGCUGUGAACAUUUGGCUGAGUGUAGGGGACUAAGACAUGUACCUACUGGGGCUGCGGCUGCUGCCAUUGCUGUUGCCACUCUUAUCUCUCCAACAGCAGGACCUCUCAGAGAACAAAGUGGCCAUAGGGAGGAUGAUCCUUCCUGCCCUGGAGAAAGCCACAUCAUUCAUGGAGAAGAGAUUCAGGGAGCUUAACCUGGAUGGAGUGGUGGGAUUCUGGGUACUAGAAGUGCAACUAAAAGGUGUCUUGGAGAAAUGGGGCCAGGAGCCUGCCCUAAAGCCCUUGAGCCUGAGGGUAGAGAACAUAGUGAAGAAGUUGUUACCCCUCAUCACCAGAGCCACAAUCUACCUCAAGCUCAGUGACUCUAUGUACUUCAAAGAAUUUCAAGAGACUCUACAGCCAGGGUUUUGGAAUCUCCCUCAUUCAUGGAGUCAAAUAAACACCUCCAUGAUCUACUCCAAGUUUGACAACUCAGAUUUUUUUUCAGAAGAAUUAAGUGAUUCAUGCAUGGCACUCUUACUAGGAACCAAGAAGGAGGGCUUGCAGCCCUGCACUGUCACUGAUGUCUGCAGGGAACUCAUGACUAAGCCUGGCUGCACCGGCUAUACACUGUCACACCAGCUCCUCUAUUUCCUGUUUGCCAAAAUGAAAGGAUGCUCAGAUGGCCUGUUCCUCCAAUCCAAGUACUACAUGGAUAUUUUCUGUGCUAAUAUGAUGGCAUUGAAUUUGAAAACUGAAGAAGUUGGAUACCCAUUUCUUGAUCGAGAUCUCUUCAUGGAGAAUAUCAUGUUCUGUGGAAUUUCUGGAUACUCAGAUUUCUACAAGCCUAGAUGGCUACAGAUUAUUCUUACCUGGCAGCAACCUAAGGAGGGAUGCUUUGGGAAGCCUUAUGACAAUAGAAAACAAUUACCCAGAGUUGGUAAAGACCAACAACAAUCAUUGAGAAGAGUUAAGAGGAGAGAGAAAGGAUUUUCAGAUGGGUGUUCUUCGCACAAAACAGGUGUGGCAGUUGCAGCCUUGGGUGGCUUCCUUUAUCACUCUGCAGAACAUUCACCAACCAUCACCAAAGCUCGUUAAUGCCUCAAAACAAGCAAGCAGCAACUCAAAGGGAUGAUUCUAUACCUGCUGAAAAUGAAACAUAGCUUUUUUGGUAAUGCAUCCCCUUAGGUCCUGAGAUUACAUAAAUUCACCAGGAGAGUAGUGGGAAACUACAGGCAGACAAGCUAGACAAAACCAGUGUAAUUGAAAAUUGGGAUUAGCAGAGCUAGCAGAAGGAUAAAAGUAACAGUAUUAACUAUGUUUAGCAAAACUGGUCACCCUUAUUGGCCCCCAGAAAUUACUAAAUUAUUUUAAUUUAACCAACAUCAGGCAUCUCUUAUGUGCAGACAACUGUGCAAGAUGCUCGGGGGAAAACAAUUUCAAUAAAUAGUGCCUGUCUCAUGGAAUUUACAAUCAAAGUGCCUCUUCCUAACUCCUUGUAAUAUAACACCCCUGGAAAGGUGAAUCCUAGUCAUUGAAGGCCAGGAAAUUUUGAGGCAAAAGUUUAGGAGCAAAGACAGAUAUGGCAAAUAGAUAUAUGACUUUCUAGGAAUAAAACACCACAUUGCCCAGAAUUUGAAGUAAUAUACUUUCCUAGCAUAUGCCUACUGGGGAAGCCCACUGAAAUGUUUCCUUCCCACAGUCCCUUUGAUUCCUUAAUUAAUGGCGCCUAUAGAAUAUAAAUGCUAUUAGAAAAUGUUUAUUUUCAUCUUUUGUUCUCCAGAACCUAUUAUCUGGAAUAUAGUAGGAGCUUAAUAAAUGCUUGUUGAUUAUUGA